UUCGUGAGGCUCUCUGCUAGCAAAUCGGUCUACUCUGUUCUUUGGUCCGUUCUUCAUUGAACGGUGCUUCGAUUCUUCUUAGCUUUGUUCUGCGUGCUCUACUGUGUUGUUUAAUAAUCGCCUUUUGAAGAAUUUUUCGGCAACGUGGAAUUUUCUGGUGUACAAAAAGGGUGAAGGAUAUGGAAAAGGAGGGAGUGAAAAAUAACAAUAAUAAUAGCAGCAGCACCAACAACAACAAUAACAACCAUAGAGAAAGAAGCGGAGGUGCAGAUGAUGGGUCGUUGUUGAGAGCGAGCUCUGAGCCUAGAUCAACCGCUUCAGACUUUGUGUUGCAGUGGGGGAACCGCAAGCGACUCCGUUGUAUGAAGAUCCAAGUCAAGGACGACUCGGCCCCGGUCCACAAGACCACGGUCCGAGUCGACCGCCGAGUGGUUAGAGCUGAUAAGGACUCUCUGAAUCAACCCACCACCACCGCUGCAGCCACCAGUAACGGGUAUUUUAAUCUCCGCCACCGCCCAUCUUCGCCUCAGCCACCUCCGCCUCCGCCUCCACAACGCGUUCUCAGGAACUCAGAAAAUUCAAGUGCCAUGAAAGGGCAAAGCAACGGCGUACGUGGGUUCUCUUCUCCGGCAAGAGACCAGGACAAGAGAGGUAAUCAUCACAACGCUAACAACCACCACCAUAACAAUGAUAAUAAGUCGGCAUCGUCGGAGACGGCCCACGACAGCAAGAAGGGAGGAGGAGGGUCUUCGUCGGCUGGCAGCGAGGCUGUGCCGCCCGUCUGGCCUCCUAAGUUUGUUAUUGCCCUCACCAACAAAGAGAAGGAAGAAGAUUUCAUGGCCAUUAAGGGCUCCAAACUCCCCCAGAGACCCAAGAAACGGGCCAAGUUUAUUCAACGCACUCUCAAUCUAGUAAGCCCCGGUGCGUGGCUAUGCGAUCUGACUCUAGAGCGAUAUGAGGUCAGGGAGAAGAAGAUUUCCAAGAAGAAACCGAGGGGCUUGAAGGCAAUGGGUAACAUGGAAUCCGACUCGGAAUAGACGGGGAAUCUAGAAUAAUAAUAGGGUUGGGCAAGGAAGAUGAAGGCGGGAUAUUUUGUGAGAGGUCUGGUUUUUUCUUUUUCUUUUUCCUUUUCCUUUUGGGAACAACUUUGUAAAUGAUGAUGGCUUUUCACCCUGUGAGAAGAAUGAAGACAUAAGAUUUAUAUCCGUAUUUGCUCUCUUUCUCA